GAUGAUAAAGUCAGGUACAACGACGAUCGAUAAUGAUGAAUCCGAUGAAGAUAUUAUAGUUAUCAACGCUGCAAGUAACAAUUUCGAUGAAAUUACGAUAUCAUCUGAAGAAGAAGGAGAAAUUACUGCAAAUAAAGAUGAUAAAUUUCAUAAUAAAGAAAGAAAGGAAACAAAACAAAAGGAUAGCUAUUCCAAUGAAAAAAAGCAUAAGAAAAAGAAAAAAGAAAAAGAUAAAAAAAAGAAAAAAGACAAAAAAUCGAGUAAAAGUGAAUCAAAACAAAUAGAGAAAUCUAAAGAUGACUUUAUAAAACCACCAGAACCUCCGUCUAAUUUUCAAUUUGAAUCCAGUUGGCGCGAGAGUGAUAUUAUUGCAGAUAAUUUAGGAAUUUAUAAUGUUAUAAUAGAAAAAGUCGUAAAAUUGUUCGAUGAGGGUAAUACUAUGCCAUUUAUUGCAAGAUAUCGUAGUCACAUUACACAAGAAAUGGAGCCAGCUACUUUAAGAAAAAUCGAAAGUCACCUUAGUGAAUUAAGAACUGUGAAGAAAAAGAUGAAAUAUGUGGCGUCUACAUUGUCAAAAUAUGGAUGGUUAAGCAGUGAAUUAGCAUCUAGAUUGAGAUGUUGUACAACUAUUGAGGAAAUUGAAUAUUUAUUUGCACCAUUCAAACCGGGAAGCAAGAGAUCUAAGGCUCAUAAAGCUCGUGACUUAGGAUUGGAAGAGUUUGCUAUAAAACUGAUUGAAAGCCAGUCAGACGAUAUUUUAAGGGAAAUGAACCAAGCCGUUGUAGCUGAUAAAGAAGGUCUGCAAAAUGUUAAAGAAGUCAGAAAAGGCGUCCAGUUUAUUAUUUCUGACAUAAUCGCUAAAGAUAAAGUGUGUCUUGAUUACAUCCGAGAUGUCUGUAGUAAUCGGAGAGACGGGAUUCGAAUACGAUGUUCACAGGCCCCCGAAAGGCCAUUAGACGAAGAAAAUGAAACUGUUAUUAGUUAUCAGCCUAAUCCUCAGAAAGAUUUAUUUAAAAAUUACUACUAUUUUGAUGCUUCUGCCCUAAAUAUCAAACCUCAUCAAGUUCUGGCUAUCAAUAGAGGAGAGGCUCAAAAAGAAUUAACUGUGAAGAUGGUAGUGGGAAAUUACGUUGCUGAUAGAUGGAGGGAAUUUUGCCGCCGAAAAUAUAUUCCAAGAAAAACAUCGUUCGAAAUAGCAGCAAUGAUAACAGCUAGUAUUGAUGAUGCUUUUUCAAGACUUGUAUCUCCAGUUCUCAUUCGGGAGUGCAGAUCUAGACUAACUAAACAAGCUGAAAAAGCCUCUCUGGAAGUAUUUGCAUCAAACCUUCGCAGCAUGCUACUAACUCCUCCUAUUAGAGGAAAAGUUAUAAUGGGGGUUGAUCCUGGUUAUAAUCAUGGAUGCAAAUGGGCUCAAGGGGAUGUUUUAGAUACAGGAAUAUCCUACUUACAUGAAUGCGACGAAGACGAAAGUGGUAAUAUAAUACGAAAAAGAAAGAGGAAAAGGAAAAUUGACUUUGAGGAUUCAGAAGAAUUUUCGAGUAUUAAAGGAGCUAUAUUUAGAAAUAAUUGUGAAAUUAUAGCAAUAGGCAAUGGUACUGCUAGUAGAGAAACUCAGGAACUUUUCGCAGAACAAAUUCAAAGAGGUGCAUUUAGUCCUUUAGUAGUCCAGUUUGUAGUCGUCGACGAAAGUGGAUCAUCGAUUUAUUCUGUGUCAGAUUUAGCCAAAAAGGAACUUCGAAGAUUAGAAAUUAAACUAAGAAGUGCUGUUUCCAUUGCAAGAAGAUUACAAAAUCCUGUUGCAGAACUGGUUAAAAUUGAACCACAACAUCUUGGCAUUGGGCAAUAUCAACAUGACUUAAGAGAAAGCACUCUGAAAAAGACAUUAGAUAAAGUAGUUGAGGAAUGUGUAAGCUUUAUCGGCGUUGACAUAAACACCUGCAGCGCAUCUCUUUUACAGUAA